UUAAGAUGAUUAAGAAGCUUUUACGUUUCACUUUCCUUCUGCUAUUGAAUCAAGCGAUCACUUCGACGCUGCAUUUAUCGACAGAAAAUAACCAUGUUCUGGUAGAAUAUGCGUUCAAACAUUUCUUUGCCAGAGACUGGUUAAACUGUAUUCAGGCUUGCCAUGAUGAGGAAAGAUGCAUCUCAUACAACUACGAGAGAUCAAAGGGUGCGAAUGGUUUCUGUGAGUUAAACGAUUGUGGAGUUGAAAAAUUUAGCCACGAAAAUCGGCUUCUUAUCUAUUCCUUGGGGUUCGUAUAUCAGCAAAUCCGGAAAGGAAAGCAAUGUCUAUUCAAGAACUGCCAAGAAAUUAAAAGGAAAUAUCCAAAGGCGAAAAGCGGCGUACGUUUAAUCGAUCCUUGGCCAAAUUCUGAACCUAUUGAGGUAUACUGUGAGCUUGACAUUGCUGGUGGUGGCUUCACUUUCCUUCCUCACAGCUUCACAACGGGGUCAGAUGCUCAGCAGAUUGUCGACUCCCUCUUUAAAGACAAAACAAACGUAUUGCUAAAGUUAAAGAAAAAAGUCGGUGGUAGCGAGUGGUACACUCUGAUUCAGCCCCAUCCAGAUUACACCAACACUGAUUUUGGCGUUUUGGUCGACAGCUACCAUGGUUACACUCAACCAAAGAACGCCUUUAUGAAGGAAUACAUCUUCCUUGGCAUCCUUCCUAAAUCUGUUGCUAAUAAGAAAACAACUCAGGGUUUCAGAUCCAACGGUGAGGUGAUCGAGUUUGAAAGCAGUGAUGGAAAUCCCAACAGCUUGUUUGCGUUUAUGCCAAACCGAAAUGGUGAAACACCUAGCAAUUAUGCUAGGAAUUUAAGGUACGAAAAAACAGGUGUCGCUGUAGACUGGCGAUCCAAUGCAAAACUCAUUGCGUCUCCCGAACACAAAAUGCCAAAAUGGUUUUUCUUUUUCACAGAACUUCACUUUGGAGGCGGUGGCUGUUAUACUUCUAGCGAUCGCUGGUCUAAAUUUGGCUUCAACUCUACAGCAAUUGGAAUCCGCUAAAAUUUCGUUCCUAGAUUAGAGAUGGCUGGUACUAGUUUGCAGUUAGAACGUUUUAGGAUAUUUUGUACUUGUUAUUUGGCACAAACCAUUUUACUUCCAAUAGGCGUAUCAACUACAGACUCUCUAUCAUUCAUCACUCCCGCCCGUUGUCUGUCAGACGAAAAAUUCGCAUACGAAAUAUAUUCUCCAAGAAAAGGAGUUUGAGUCGGAAUGUCGCAGUGGAAUUGCUUUCCGAGGCCACACCUAAUUCAUGUUUUUAUAAGGCAACUACCUAUCCGUAGUAGAGGUGCAUUAAUUUGGCGUGUGUGGCUGCUACAGCUUUCGCAACCCCCAGAAGAAAUUGUUACCAUCAGAACCCUCUUUUCUAUUUUACAGGACUCUUUUACUCAAUUGAAGAAACGUUAUGAUUGCACAUUUGCAUAUUUUUUUUUCUUUAAGGUGACUUAGAACACUUUUCAGCUUCCAACGGAAAAGGAAGAUAGGUUAAUAAUGUAUAGUGUUUUAAUCCCGGCACCUGGAUAUUGGAAGCUGACCAGGUAUUAUCUGUAAAUAUUCUUUGGGUUGAUAAAAUUUAAGGUAAUGAUGUAAGUUUUGGUUAAUCUUUCCUAACCAGCCAUUCGUUGACGUAAGGUUUAAAAGCAUUAUCAAUGUAUUCAAUUUAGUGGGAGACAGAGAUAAAUAGAUAAAUAAAUAAACUUUAACAGCUAACACAAUUACUGGUUACCCAGUAGUUUACA